AUGUUUCAACGAGGCAUACUUGAUGAGAUUGAUAUCAUUGACGAUCUGUUAACGUCAUCGACUUCUGCGCCUAGAAAGUUGAGCAUCAAAGCAGCUCAUCUCGAUAGUCCCGUUUUUUUAGCAGGAAAGCUAGGUGGUAAAGGCUACAACUUAGAUGGUCGCCCUCUAUCGACUAAAGAUGUUUCUGCGUUCUUUAAGAGUAGAGCAUUGGCUGCAGGAUACACCGAAACAACAACAUUCUAUGCUUGGAGAAAAGGAGCUAGUGUGAGGGUCGACAGAAUUAAAGGUGCCUUUGCUUUUGAGAACUACUACGACGAUGCAAUGGUUGAUCUUGAUGUGGUAGCAAUUGCUUUGGAUGAAGAGGAAGAGUGUGUAGAGUCGAUAGUUCAGGCCGGAUUACAUCGAGUCUGCUACAACCUCUCUCCAGAGGACGAGAAAAAGUUUAUCAACGCCUUUGUUCAUCAAGACGAAAGAUACGCGCAAGCAACCACGUCAGCUGAGGGGAAACGUGCAUCAAAAUGCGCAAGAUUACGGGCGAGAUAUGCUCUCAGGGCACACAUGAGGGAGGAAUUCGAGAAACUCCACUCAAUACGCAAGACUACGGGCCAGAUAUGCUCUCAGGAUACACAUGAGGGAGGAAUUCGAGGAACUCCACUCAAUACAAGAAUACGAGGCCAGAGUCGAAGCCCUUACUAUUAUGGCGAAACUUUUUGA